AUGGCAGGCCGCAUUGACGUACAUCAUCAUUUUCUCCCUCCCGCUUACGUGCAAGCUCUCGACAAAGUGGGCGGCGACCCUUCCGGUUUCCCCACACCCGCUUGGUCCAUUGAAGCCGACCAAAAGCUUUGUAAUGACUGUGAUAUCGACACGGCUAUCCUCUCUGUGACCGCGCCCGGUCCCGCCAUUCUGAAAGGAGCCGAGCCCUCGCAGCUUGCGAAAGAAUGCAACGAGUAUGCCAAAAGCCUGCGGGACAAGUACCCGAAGAAGUACGGUUUCUUCGCUGCGUUGCCCGACAUUCUUGAUACCAAAGCAGCCUUGGAAGCGAUUCGGUAUGCUUUUGACGAGCUGCAGGCCGACGGAGUGACACUUUUCACCCGCUAUGGAAACGGAAAUUACUAUCUGGGUCACCCCGAUAUCCGUCCCAUCUGGGAGGAGUUGCAUCGCCGUUCGGCAGUGGUGUUUAUCCACCCUACGCAUGCAGUGGAUACCAACCUCGUCAACAAAAUGCUUCCGCAGCCUUUCAUUGACUAUCCGCAUGAGACCACGCGCACUGCUGUCGAUCUGAUUACCACCGAUACCGUCCGCGAAUACAGCAACUGCAAGAUCAUCCUCUCCCACGCUGGAGGCACCCUGCCUUACCUUGCCGUGCGUCCGGCGGUGGCUGGGAAAGACUGCGGGCUCUGUGCCAUGACCCCCGAGCACUUUCUCGAGAAUGCACGCAUGUUUUACUAUGAUUUGGCACUAACAGAUGCGAACUAUGCGCUGCCUCUUCUGCGGAAAUUCGCUUUGCCCGACCACAUCCUUUAUGGAAGCGAUUUCCCAUAUGCACCCGUCUCCUCGAUCAAGUUUUUCAGCGACGGUCUGGCUCAGGCCGAUUUGGGCAGUGACACGGACAAUAUCAAAUAUGGUAAUGCCCUGAAACUGUUCCCUCGCCUCAGUGCUCCAUGA